UUGAUGUAAAGAGCUCUCUUGCUGCCCCAUGUGCAGGAGAUUUGGGGUAAUUGGGUUUAAGUCAGCUACAUUGGAGGAGAACCUAGAGGUUUGCUACCGAGAAUUCCCUCUAUCUCGAUAAGUACUGUUCAAAGAACUUCCUCUGUUACUGUUUGUGCACCUACUACUGUACGGAGGGCAUUUUAAGAGAUCGGAUCUCUCUCUCUCCCAGCUGCCAUCAAAGGAAGGGACAUUGGGCGGGUUGAACGGAAAUUCAGUCUGUUGUUUGGCGAGAUGUUGAUGAAGUUUCUGGCUGCAAUCCAUUAAGGCAUCUAUUAACUCUCUCUCUUCACCCUGGAAGUGAGUAAUCAGCUUGUAGUGGAUACAGGCUUACCAGACUUUAGAUAUUCGUAUUUCUCUGGAAAGCUGUCUUGUUGGAUGUUAUGGAAGAGGAGAUAUUCUGCUGUCACAUAGUUGUAGAUUGCAAAGUGGCAUGUCUUGCUGCUGUCGACCACCUUGAAGUGUUCUGCCGAGAGAAAGGUAUCAAAUGCAGAGAUCUGGGGAUCAACAAGAAAAACCUAUGUGAAUAUGAAGUGGAAUAUCUUUGUAACUUCAAAAGAAAGGUCGUCACUAAUGGUAAAACGCAAGAAACACAGGAUAUGUAUUUUGUCAAAUGGAAGGGGUAUCCAGAAAGCAUGAACUCGUGGGAACCACGGAAAAACCUCAAGUGCACCGAUCUGCUUAACCAGUUCUGGGAGGAUUUGAUGUGCGAGAUGUUGCGGUUAAAGAAGCGCAACGUCCCCAAAAAACUGGACGCUUCAAUUGUUUCCCAUCUUGUGCAGCGAGCAAAGCUAAGGCAAAUCCUUAAACUCUGGGAAAAUCAACUGAAUAGCUUGGGCUCAAACAAGGGUCGAAUCCACGUGGAAAACCUGGUGGACAUGGAGGGUCCUCCUAAGAACUUCACCUACAUUAACGAUUAUAAGGUGGGCGACGGUAUCUCUCUUAAUGAGGUAGCUGUUGGCUGUGAGUGUACAGACUGCCUGAACAGUCCUGUGGGGGGCUGCUGUGCCGGAGUAUCGCAGCACAAGUUUGCCUACAACGACUUGGGACAAGUGCGCAUUCGGCCUGGACUACCUAUCUACGAAUGCAACAAGCGGUGUUGCUGCGGGCCCGACUGCCACAACAGGGUCGUGCAGAGGGGCAUUCAGUAUUCACUGUGCAUCUUUAGGACUGACAAUGGCAGGGGCUGGGGGGUACGCACCAUGGAGCGCAUCCGCAAGAACACAUUUGUCAUGGAGUAUGUAGGAGAGAUUAUCACUACAGAAGAAGCAGAAAGGCGUGGCCAUGUCUACGAUAAAGAAGGAGCCACAUACCUGUUUGACCUGGAUUAUGUGGAUGAUGAAUAUACGGUGGAUGCAGCGCACUAUGGCAACAUUUCUCACUUUGUCAAUCACAGUUGUGAUCCAAAUCUUCAGGUGUACAACGUCUUUAUUGAAAACCUGGACGAGAGACUGCCACGGAUAGCUUUUUUUGCCACUCGUGCAAUUAAAGCAGGGGAAGAGCUGACCUUUGACUACAAAAUGCAGAUCGAUCCAGUAGACGCAGAAAGCACAAAGAUGGACUCUAAUUUCAGUUUGACGGGACUCCCAGGUUCUCCUAAGAAACGUAUGCGUGUAGAGUGUAAAUGCGGCAUGCCGACAUGUCGAAAAUAUCUGUUUUAGAUACCCCAAAGACUGGAGGCGUUUGCCAGGGCAAGCCGUCACUAAACAUAAUAGUGGCUUUAAUAUUUCAACAAAACACAAUUCUUCUCAUAGUGUGUCCUGCUUUAUCAAAGCAGUAUUUUUAUUGAACGAGUGCCAGGUGUGGGAAAUUUUGAUUCAUACACCUCAGCUAAUUCAACACCUUCACUGGUUGAAGUUAACUGGAGAAUGACACCCUUGUUUUAUAUUGUUUUAUAUAUAUUUUAAUGCUUUUCCAUAAAUCAUUCAUCAGCUUUCUUCCCUGACAUUUGGCAUGAUGCCAUGAGGUCACAUGUCACUACAUUACAUAUGUGAAAAUGUACAUUUCUUUGUAGAUUAAUUCUUUAUCAAGUGUCGGAUAUUUUUCCAGUUUUUCCAGAGGAUUGUUUUUUCUUUUCCUUUUUUUUUUAUUUUAUUUUUAUAGUUAUUUUAACAAGAAGGUAUUUUAUUUUUUACAUGUAAAACAUUGAUGUCCGUCAAGUGCAUUUGUAUUCAAAUGUAAAGUCAUUUGAAUACUUGUUAAACCCAAUGAUAUGUCAAAUCUUUUCACGUUUGGUGAUAUUUGUCUGGAAAACAGUACUUGUUCGCAACUGUGAUUUCACAAACCUACCAACAGGGGGCAAAACAGUAUCGUCAGUGCCAAGAUAAAUAUCUAGGAAAAGACAUAGCAGAGGCUACACAGAUGUGCAGAUGACUGUGUAGUGACAUUCAGACUGUACUUUUUAAAUGUAUUUUCUAAAUGUGUUAAUUAUGUUCUGUGUUGUAGCAAUAACCUGUAAAAUAUAGACAGGUGAUGUAUUAAAGGACAAAAAGAGAGCAA